AUUGUUCUUCCCAACCAUCACAUCAGGUCCUGUCACGAUGGCCAAAAAGACUACGGAAAAGAAGUCGACGGAUAAGAAGCCCGCAGACAACAAGAAGGGCAAGGGUCAGAAAACCGACGACUCUGAAGAGGCGUCUGGCAAGGGGAAGGGCUUGAAGGCUACAACUGCAGUCAACGUGCGACACAUCUUGUGUGAGAAGCACUCGAAGGCCACAGAAGCCUUGCAGAAAAUCCAGGAGGGCGUGGCCUUCAAUAAGGUCGCGCAGGAGUAUUCUGAAGACAAGGCGAAAGCUGGCGGCAGCCUUGGCUGGAUGGUACGAGGUUCCAUGGUCGGUCCCUUCCAAGAGGCAGCAUUCGCACUCACCCCGUCAACGGUCGACAAGCCCAUCACCUCAGGUCUUGUGAAGACGAACUUCGGGUAUCAUAUCAUCAUGGUUGAAGGGCGUCGGUAGACCAAGCUGCUUCGCCUCCGUGAAUGUCUGCCGUCCGUCGAACACAUCGAGAACUGCGAGGCCAUUGCGAGAAUAUGUAUGAACAAUGUAACAUACUACGGAUAUCCCGAUAAACAUGCAAUCCCAAUAGUGACGAGUGCUCGCAGGGUAUGUAUAAUCCGAUAGAAGAAAAAGAACGAGGAACAUCACUUGGCUGGCGGCGUUUCCGAGGAUGCAGACUGUUUGUCAAAGGCGCCGUUUGGCUGAGAGGGUUUGGUUGGCGUCGCAGACCCAGCUGCCUGCGAGGAUCCAGCCGCCUGUGACGAACCCGCCGGCGU